AUGCCAACCAAGGAGCGGAGCUCUGACGUUCAUGCAAAACCAAGCAUAAAAGGGUCUGACGUUCAUGCGAACCCGGCGCAAGAAACAACUCUGGCGAUCCACAAUAUUGAGGCACAGAGUAAUGUGGAGAACCUAUUAAUCCAUGUUUGGGUAAGUAUGGGUCCAUCUAGUUCAUCUUAUACUCUACAAGUGAGUUUGGAGGCACACAGGUGGACUCGUUACCACUUCCGAUUCCCAAAUUUGGUCCAUUUGAUUUUCCUCCCUUGGAUUGAGACCGUUUCAACUCCGACAUUCACGCAAAACCCGACGCAGGCAAGAAGGAACAAGGACUUGACCGUCAUCUUCUGUCCGUGGGACAAACGAGCUAUGGCGGGACCGAAUUGCUUCACUCACCGUCAAUAA